GUUUUGAUUCCCGGCAGCUGCUCUGUCAGCACGUGAUCUCUACUCGCCACCCCAUUGGCCCCGUGUCAGCGUCAGUUUAAAGAGCCAACACGAGCGGCUUUCCUAUUGGCCGGCUGCGUUCUGGCGCCAUUAUUUGACUAUAAAGUGGAGCGGAGAGCAGCAGGAGCCGCUCAGUCUCUCUCAGCUGCUUUUAACUUUUAUCUCCGUAACUUAUUUCAUUUUAUCAGUAAAAUGCUUUCUCCUCGCGCUCCUCUCUCCGGGAAGAAUCGGAACUCUCUCAGCAGUGAGGUUAACAAGAUGUCCCUGGACAAAGAAAACACGCCUCCGAGCCUGAACAGCACGCGCAUCCUAGCGUCUAAAACCGCGCGGAAAAUCUUCUCCGAUUCUGAGCGUCUGACAGCGUUUGUCUCUCAGCCCAAAGCCGUGAAGAAGAGUAGCGAGGAAGAGGAGCCGCUGCUGAAGGAGAAUCCUCGCCGCUUCGUCAUCUUCCCCAUCCAGUACCACGACAUCUGGCAGAUGUACAAGAAGGCCGAGGCGUCUUUCUGGACGGCGGAGGAGGUGGAUCUGUCCAAAGACAUGCAGCACUGGGAGUCUCUGAAGGACGACGAGAGGUUCUUCAUCUCUCACGUGCUGGCCUUCUUCGCCGCCAGCGACGGCAUCGUCAACGAGAACUUGGUGGAGCGCUUCACACAGGAAGUGCAGGUGACGGAGGCCAGGUGUUUCUAUGGUUUCCAGAUCGCCAUGGAGAACAUCCACUCAGAGAUGUACAGCCUCCUCAUCAACACUUACAUCAAGGAGCCCACCGAGAGAGAGUACCUGUUUAACGCAGUGGAGACGCUGCCCUGUGUGAAGAGGAAGGCUGACUGGGCCAUCCACUGGAUCGGGAACAAGAGCGCCAACUUCGGAGAGCGCGUGGUGGCCUUCGCCGCCGUGGAGGGGAUCUUCUUCUCAGGUUCCUUCGCUGCCAUCUUCUGGCUGAAGAAGAGGGGCCUGAUGCCCGGCCUGACCUUCUCCAACGAGCUCAUCAGCCGGGACGAGGGUCUGCACUGUGACUUUGCCUGUCUGAUGUUCAAACACCUGCUGAACAAACCUUCUGAGGAGACCGUCAGUGACAUCAUCAGGGACGCCGUGGCCAUCGAGCAGGAGUUCCUGACGGAGGCUCUGCCCGUCAAGCUGAUUGGGAUGAACUGCGACCUGAUGAAGCAGUACAUCGAGUUUGUGGCCGACCGACUGAUGCUGGAGCUCGGCUUCACCAAGAUCUACCGCGCGGAGAACCCCUUCGACUUCAUGGAGAACAUCUCCCUGGAGGGCAAGACCAACUUCUUCGAGAAGCGCGUGGGCGAGUACCAGAGGAUGGGCGUGAUGUCGGGAACCAGCGACAACACCUUCAGGCUGGACGCAGACUUCUGAGAGACCGGCCCCCAUCAGGAGGCUCUGGGGUGGGGGGGCGCUCCAGGAUUUAACGUGGAUCUCCACUGUCUGAUGGGACACUAGAGGAGGCUCUGCAGGAGCAUGGACUGAGGGGGUUCAAUGCGGGCUCUGGGAGGAGGAGCAGAACUUGUUCUGUAAAUGAGCUUUUUUUAAUGUCAGAAUUUUGUGAGAAAAUGUAAAUAGGGUUUUUAGAUUGUGUUAACUUACUUAUUCUGUACAGACUGUUUUGCAAUAAAAUGUUUGAACUGGAACUUUAA